AUGGAGUCAUCCUUGAUUCCUUUUGCUAUCCGCUUAGGGAAUAAAAAUAACUUGGCUACUGCAUCUGGUGCCUUAGUUGAAGUUGUCUCCUUAAAGGUCAGUAUCGUAGAACACCAAAUGACUUGCCGUUUCGCUGUGGACACUCGACUUCGCGGACGCAUUCGAGCAGUGUGUAUGGAUGGCCGCAAGAACAAUGCCUUUCUCAUGAGCAUUGAAGCUGAUUUGGGAGAUGUUGUAAAAGCUUACCUGGAAAAACCACGACCUCCCACAGCGCCAAAGUUGACACACGUUAAGGUCGAAGGAAGUUGCACCCCUAAGACAGUUGUUAUAACAACGGAGGGACGCUGUGCGUUUCGAUUUGGUGUGAAACAGGAAGUUGAUGUGACUCAAGUUUUGACGCCCUAUCCUCCAGGCUAG